GCAGGCAGCGCACAGAUGCUGCCGGUGCACAGAGUUGAAGAAGACCAGGAAAAGGAAACUAGGAGGAGUGCAGGAAAUGGAAACUCUGACAGCGAUUGGCUGCCUGGGGCAGGGUGGAGGGUAGCCAAAUCGAUUAUAAAAAGCCAGCCUUCAGCCCGACAGCCUUUUCCUCGCCACUGCUCCAUCCAUCAGCAGAUCCUGGACAGGAAGAUUCUUUCUUCCCUUUUCCAAGGGCCUGCAACAAAGCCAGUGCGCGGCGCCACCAUGCGGCAGAAGGCGGUAUCGCUCGUUCUGUGCUACCUGCUACUCUUCACCUGCCUAGGAGUGGAGGCAGGCAAGAGCUCCGAUGACAGGUCAAAGGACAGCGGCUCUGGGUUCUGGGAUGCCCUGCCCUACAUGGUGGUCGGAGGAGGGCUCAUGGCCGCGGGGUUGCCGGUGCUGGGCUUCACCAGUGCCGGCAUCGCCGCCAACUCCAUGGCCGCCUGGAUGAUGAGCUGGUCUGCGGUGCUGAACGGUGGCGGUGUGCCUGCUGGAGGCCUGGUGGCCACUCUCCAGAGCCUCGGGGCUACCGGUGGCGGCAGUGCCGUCAUGGCCAAGGUUGGUGCCGGUCUGGGCUACGUGGCCCAUAAGACCCUUGCCAGUGGGAAGGAAGAAGGGGAUGAUGAGGAGUAGCAGCAGCUCCCAGGACUCCCUCCUUCCUCCUUGCCCUCCCUCUUCCAGUUGGAGUUCAGAGCUUUCUUGUCAGUCUCCUCAAUGACCUAGAUGAGAAAACAAAAUAAACUCCUCUUAGAAAACA